GAUGGUUUCAUUCACAUCCAACCCUAAGGAGUAUCUAUGGAAGGGAUUUUUUUAUGCGACCUUGCUGCUGGUAACAGGUUUAAUCCAGUCACUCUGCCUGCAGCAAUAUUUCCAGGGCUGCUUCGUCUUGGGAAUGAGAAUCCGUACAACACUAACCGCUGCCAUAUACAAAAAAGCUCUGACUGUCUCAAAUGCCAUCAGGAAGGAGUCAACAGUAGGAGAAACCGUGAACCUGAUGUCUGCAGAUGCACAGGAAUUCAUGGAUCUGUCGAACUCCAUUCAUCUCAUUUGGUCCUCACCUCUGCAGAUCAUAGUUUCUGUGGUAUUCCUCUGGUUAGAGCUGGGACCGUCAGUCCUGGCAGGACUUGGAGUAAUAAUCCUUUUGAUACCAAUCAACGCAGUCCUAGCUACUAAAUCAAAGACAUUCCAGAUGAAAAACAUGAAAAACAAAGAUAAACGGCUGAAAAUAAUGAAUGAAAUCCUGAACGGCAUAAAGAUCUUGAAGUUGUACGCCUGGGAGCCUUCAUUUGAGAAACAGGUGCAGGAAAUUCGUGAGAAAGAGCUGAAGUACAUGUUACACUUCGCCUAUCUAUUCUCCGUCUCCAUGUUAAUAUUCACCUGUACCCCAUUUUUGGUGUCGGUGGCCAGUUUUGCUGUUUAUGUCGUGGUUGAUCCAAAAAAUGUGCUGAAUGCAAAGACGGCCUUCACAUCCAUCUCCCUGUUUAAUAUCCUUCGCUUCCCCCUCUCCAUGUUGCCUAUGCUUAUAGCUAGAAUGGUGCAGACAAACGUAUCCUGUGUCCGCCUGGAGAAAUACUUGGGAGGGGAUGACUUGGAUAACUCUGCCAUAAGCAAUGAUCCCACUGUUGAUGCUGCUAUCCAGUUUUCUGAUGCCACUUUUACCUGGGAGCCCGGUACAUCUCCAGCAGUGAAGAAUGUCAACCUGAAUAUCAAGGAAGGUAACCUGGUUGCAGUAGUUGGUGGGGUUGGUUCUGGGAAAUCGUCACUUGUUUCUUCGAUGCUUGGAGAAAUGGACCAUGUCUAUGGACACAUCAACAUAAAGGGUUCUGUGGCCUAUGUUCCUCAACAAGCCUGGAUCCAGAACGCCACGCUGAGAGAUAACAUCUUGUUUGGGUCACCUCUAGAUGAGGCGCGAUAUCAGCGAGUUCUAGAAGCCUGCGCCUUGCUUCCUGAUUUACAGAUGCUGCCGGGAGGGGAUAUGUCUGAAAUAGGAGAAAAGGGAAUAAACCUGAGUGGAGGACAGAAGCAGCGGGUGAGCCUGGCUCGGGCAGUAUAUCAGAAUACGGACAUCUACAUCCUUGAUGACCCUCUCUCUGCUAUUGACGCUCACGUGGGAAAACACAUAUUCGAGAAGGUGGUUGGCCCCAAUGGUUUACUAAAAAACAAGACCCGCGUCCUGGUCACUCAUGGUGUAAACUUUCUGAAACACACCGAUGAGAUUGUGGUGUUGGUGAAUGGUGGUGUUACUGAGACCGGCUCAUAUAAAACAUUACUGGCAAACAAUGGAGCUUUUGCAGAGUUCCUCAGGACGUACGCUAAGCAAGACAAUACCAAGGAGUCAGAGCCUACAGUACUACUCAAUACAGAUGAAGAUGAUGGUGAAGAUCCCGUAGAACAAGCCCCCGAAGUAGCAGAAGACAUUGUGACAAUGACACUGAAGAGAGAAAACAGUCUACACAGGAGGAAGCUUAGCAGUAUGAAUAGCAGUUUAAGGAGGUCACUGAAGGAAGUAGCAAAGAACAAGGGAGAAGAUGAGAAGACAAUUGCAAAAGGACAAAAGCUGAUUAAAAAGGAGACGGUGGAGACUGGAAAGGUGAAGUUCUCUCUGUAUCUGAAGUACCUUCAUGCAGUUGGAUGGGUUUACUAUUCCUCGAUAUUGGCGAGCUACUUGUUACAGACAGUGUCCUUUAUCGGACAGAACGUUUGGGUCAGUGACUGGACGUCGGAUGCUGUGACUUAUUUUAAUCAGAGCUAUCCAACUUCACAGAGAGACAUGCGGGUCGGGGUGUAUGCAGCCCUGGGGGUGGCACAAGGUAUUUUUGUGUUCCUCGGUGCUUUUCUGGUUGCUGUCGGUACAGUACGUGCAUCACGGCUCCUCCAUUCACAAUUACUUCGAAAUAUCCUGCGCGUUCCUAUGCAGUUCUUUGACACCACUCCAACUGGACGCAUUGUCAACAGGUUUGCCAAGGACAUCUACAAUGUGGAUGAAACCAUCCCCAUGUCGUUCCGGAACUGGGUUGCCUGCAUUUUUGGAGUGAUCGGCAUCCUCUUUAUGAUCUCCUUGGCUACACCAAUUUUUGCCGCUGUCAUCAUACCGUUGGCCAUUGUGUAUUAUUUAGUCCAGAGGUUUUAUGUUGCCACCUCACGUCAGCUGAGACGUCUGGAUUCAGUCACCAGGUCACCCAUCUACUCUCACUUUGGGGAGACAAUCUCUGGUCUGUCAGUCAUCCGAGCCUAUGGACAUCAACAGAGAUUCAUCCAGCACAAUGAAGACACCCUAGAUAUCAACCAGAAGAGUGUUUACUCCUGGGUUGUGUCCAACAGAUGGCUGGCCAUUCGACUUGAAUUUGUUGGGAACCUGACAGUGUUCUUUGCUGCUCUCUUCGCUGUGUUAGGCCGUGGCACGGUGGACAGUGGGACUGUUGGACUAUCCAUUUCCACAGCUUUCAAUAUUACACAGACACUGGACUGGAUGAUGCGGAUAACGUCAGAGCUGGAGACCAAUAUUGUUGCAGUUGAGCGUGUCGAUGAGUACGUUAAAGUAGAGAACGAAGCAGAGUGGACAACUCAGAAGCGCCCCCCACAGAACUGGCCAGAUAGAGGUGUUGUGCAGUUUGUGGACUACGAGGCCCGUUACCGAUCUGAAUUAGACCUUGUUCUACAUGGGAUUUCAUGCACUGUUGACAGUAUGGAGAAGGUUGGAAUAGUUGGAAGGAUGGGAGCUGGAAAAUCUUCCCUUACGAAUUGCCUCUUCCGGAUCAUUGAGGCAGCAGGGGGGAAGAUAAUCAUUGAUGGUCUGGACAUCUCCACCAUUGGCCUCCAUGAUCUGCGCAACAAACUAACUAUAAUUCCUCAGGACCCGGUGCUGUUUUUUGGGACACUGAGGAUGAAUUUGGACCCGUCCAAUCUGUACACAGAUGAAGAAGUCUGGAAAGCUCUUGAACUCUCUCACCUCAAGCCAUUUGUAGAAGAGCUGCAGGAAAAGCUCUUCUACGAAGUAAGUGAAGGAGGAGAGAACCUAAGUGUCGGGCAGAGGCAGCUGGUGUGUCUGGCUCGAGCGCUACUUCGCAAAUCCAAGAUCCUCAUUCUGGAUGAAGUCACGGCUGCCGUGGACCUGGAGAUGGAUAAUUUAAUCCAGAGGACCAUCCGCAGUGAAUUUGCAGACUGCACAGUGUUGACCAUUGCACAUCGGCUGCACACCAUCAUGGACAGUAACAAGGUCAUGGUGUUGGACGCUGGAAAGAUAAUAGAAUAUGGUAGUCCAGAAGACCUCCUGGUGAGCAAAGGACACUUUGCCUCUAUGGCCAGAGAUGCUGGCAUUGAAGACACCAACACCAUAUCACUGUGAGGCAUAGAGGAUGUAGACAUGUGUGAUGAGACCUCAGCACAGACUCUGUUAGAACUCUUUGAGCAUUGACUGCUGCCAACCCAAGACAAGUCAUGAAGCAAUGUAAACUUUGGGAAAAAGAUUCUCAGCAGUGGAGGGGAAUAUUGUUGAUUGGAAAGUGGAUUAUAAGCUAAGAUGACCAAUCUUGUGUGAUGUCAUUGAAUUUAUAGUAACAAGUAAAUAUACGGUAAUAAUUAUGUGACUGUAGCACUGUCCAUAUGGCUUCAUCAUACCUUCUCUGUAAAAGUCUUGGGUACUUUGGCGGAAC